GGAUCUGCAAAAUUGAAUUGACUUGAAGCGAAUCCAAUCACCGUGAGAUUUCGUGAUCAUCGGCUGAAUUAAAAUGCAUCACUGGGUUCAAGCUUCUUCUUCCGAUUUCAGUGGAACUCCUCCGCAGGCGCGGAGUGGACAUACAGCUGUCAAUGUCGGAAAAUCCAUGGUGGUGGUGUUCGGUGGUCUCGUCGAUAAGAAAUUCCUCAGUGAUAUAAUUGUUUAUGAUAUCGAAAACAAACUCUGGUUUGAGCCAGAAUGUACUGGCAGCGAGUCUGAAGGACAAGUAGGUCCUACACCGCGUGCAUUUCAUGUUGCCAUCACAAUCGAUUGCCAUAUGUUCAUCUUUGGUGGACGUUCUGGUGGCAAAAGGUUGGGGGACUUCUGGGUUCUUGAUACAGAUAUAUGGCAGUGGUCUGAACUGACUAGCUUCGGCGACUUACCUACACCUCGUGAUUUUGCUGCUGCUGCUGCUAUCGGGAACCAAAAAAUUGUAUUGUGUGGCGGCUGGGAUGGUAAAAAGUGGCUGUCAGAUGUAUAUGUUAUGGAUACAAUGUCCCUUGAAUGGAUGGAGCUGUCGGUUUCGGGGUCAUUGCCACCUCCUAGAUGUGGUCAUACAGCCACCAUGGUUGAGAAACGGUUACUUGUUUUUGGUGGCCGAGGAGGUGGUGGCCCAAUCAUGGGUGAUUUGUGGGCUUUGAAGGGUCUGAUAGAUGAAGAGCGUGAAACACCUGGAUGGACCCAACUCAAGCUUCCUGGACAAGCUCCAUCAUCUCGAUGUGGUCAUACAGUUACAUCUGGAGGGCAUUAUCUUCUGUUGUUUGGGGGACAUGGAACUGGUGGAUGGCUGAGUCGUUAUGAUGUCUAUUAUAAUGAUACUAUAAUUUUGGACAGAGUAACUGCUCAGUGGAAGCGUUUACCAAUGAGCAAUGAGCCUCCACCUCCUCGAGCUUACCAUACCAUGACUGGUAUUGGGGCUCGUCAUCUUUUAAUUGGUGGUUUUGAUGGAAAAUUGACCUUCGGUGAUCUCUGGUGGUUGGUUCCCGAAGAUGAUCCGAUAGCCAAGAGGUCUUCUGUACCUCAACUUAUAAACCCUCCUGAAAUUAAUGAGUCAGAGAGAGAAUUGGACAAGGAAAGGGGACAAGAGGGAUGCAGUAUUGUUGAAUUGCAAAAGAAAAUGGGAAUAUCUGUUUCAUCAGGGUUGCGCCUUCAAAUUCCCGAGGAGUCAGAAGAUCAAGAAUUCGUUGAAUUAGGAACAAGAUUAAUUGAGGGAGAUGUAGUUGAUGACCGGGCCUCUAUGAUUCAGAUGGCCGCUCAAGCACUUCGUCAGCAUUGGAAAGAGUCCACUCCAAGAACUUUACAACUAAAAGAUCUUGGUUCCUUACUUCGAGAUUAUCAGCGUUUUCUUACCCGAAAAUUCACUACACAGAGCAGCUUAACAUCUGCUGAUUUUGGCCUCCCUGGAACGAAGACCUUUACAUUUUAUCAUAUGAAAAGCUCUUCCGAGUUGCGGAUUAAUGACAUCCCGAAGUUGCUGGAAGAAUACAAAACCCUUCUAAUCUGAUUGAGGAGCCGCCACAAUACUCACAAGGAACAAAACCAUCUUUAGCCAGUAGCUGCCAAGAAGAUCACCGAGAUUGCGAUCAGCACCACAACUAUACACAAAGCUAAAAGUCUUAGGGAAUCAGAGCUGGGAUAGAGUACGGUUGAUUUACCUCCAUUAAGAUUGAAACAAGGUGAGAUUUCUCUUUGUUCUUUUCGUCGAAUGCCUCCUGGAUCUCUUUGUAUUCCUUCUCCUGACAUUUAUUUAUCAUCUGGUGUGACUAUUGAUGGAUAUAAAAGAGUUAUAGAGGUAAAAGUAAGCAGGAUUGUUAAUAAAGACCCUUAUAUCAAA